CUUGCUCAGUGGAAGCAAGCCGCAGAGCUCCACAUCUGUUCUGCAACACGGAAGACGACCACGAAGACGACAACGAGGAGCAGCAGUCCCAGCGCUGGCGCGCGAGAGGAGAACGCAACAACCGAUGGUACCGCUAUAGCGCCCUCCGCGAUUCUCGAUUGACUGCCCGCCCACACGUAAUUUGGGGGCCCUCAACCGCCCUGCCCGACUCGUUCUCGCACCCAACUCCUCCCUCGUCCACACCAACCCAGAAGAACCCCUCGAGCACCAUCCAGAAACAUGGUCCGCGGCCGCCAAUUCCGCGCGGCGCGGGUCUACGACACGGCCAAGGCGCUGCUGACCCCGCUCGUGCACAAAGACGGGGUCACGGAGCGGACGGCGCCGCCGUGGCUGCAGGCGGUGACGCACAUCCCGCCGGCGGAGGUGCUCACGCGCCCGUACCCGCUGCAGCACACGGAGCCGCGGGACCGGCUGGCCGGCGGGCGCGUGCCGCGCAACCUGUUCCGCCCGACGCGCAUCGUGCACCCGGAGGACGAGCUGCGCCGGGACUUCUACCGCGACCACCCGUGGGAGCUGGCCCGCCCCAAGCUGGUGCUCGAGCUCGACGGCCAGGACGCCCGCUACCGCGACUGGAGCAAGGGCCUGCGCCAGCCGGGCAUGGCGCUGAGCGGUGAGAGCGUCGUCCAGCGCCAGCUCUGGCUGAUGGAGAACAAGGGCAUGUCGAAACAACGGGCGUAUGACGUGGUGCGCAAGGAGUUCUACAAGCUGCGGCAGCAGGAGGAGAUCGAGCGCAGGAUAGCGGCCGAGGAGGCGCGCAUGUACGGCGCCUACUUCGGCAAGACGCAUCUGCAGAUCGGCAUGGAGCUCGAGGACGCCAUGUACGAGCGGUGGAAGAAGUGGGCGACCGACGAGAUCGCCAAGCUCGAGGCCGAGCGGACUUCAGCGUACACCAACGUCGUUGAUACCGAGAGCGGAAGGGAUGAGGACGAGCUGGAUAUAUGAGUCUCGCGAGCGGCAAACCGAUGUCGAGCGGGACCAAACUGGGGUGCCUGC